AUGGCGGCACGCAGAGACACCUGGCGCCCAAAAGUCUUUGGCGGUGCACCCAGCAAAAUCGCCAGCAUCAAUCACGGCACUUAUUUCUAUCAUGCGGCGCAGGAAGGGCUCCUAGCCAACGACACGAAUAUCCAUGCAGGGAUUCGAACGACAAUUUCCGGUCCGUCAGACUACGAAAACGACGGCUAUUGUGGCUUUGAAAUUGUUGAAGCUAGAGAGAUUGACAUUAUUGGUAUUGAUGGAAUCAUCAAGAAAAUCCGAGACCGCGUAGGAUCGGAGCGGCCAGUGUAUUGGUCGAUUGAUAUUGACACAUUGGAUCCAGCGUUCGCACCAGCUACAGGUACACCUGAAACAGGAGGCUGGUCGACUCGCGAACUGCGCACAAUCCUUCGUGGUUUGGACGGGAUCAAUCUGAUUGGGGCCGACAUCGUCGAGGUCGCACCUGCGUAUGAUACGAAUGCCGAACAUACAACCAUGGCAGCGGCGGAUGCGCUGUAUGAGGUAUUGACCAUCAUGGUGAAGAGUGGACCGCUGAGCGGGAUGGCAAAUCCGGGCAAGGGGGAGACUACAGGUUAG